CUUUACCUUCUUUUUACAUGGCUUUUAGACUGUCUUCUUCGUCUUUGUCUCUAUCCUGCGAUCAAUACGAACCAGAGCAUUUCUUAUCACCUUAAAAUAUUUUAAUUUAACUUAAAUUGGCUCUAAAUUUGGCUCCAUUUCUUUAAAGCUUGGAUGGAUGAAUUUCAAAACGAAAUCUGCGAGGAAUUCCAGUCAAAAUUUGCCUUCUCAUAAGUCUCUUUUGACUGAAACGGAUUAUUUUUCGUGAACGAAAGCAUUUGGCGCUUCCUUGUGUCAUAUUUUGCCCCUUUUCAUGAGUUUAGACGAAAUCUGUGGUGAAACGUUGUAUGUUAUCUUGAAAUCAGCGAAGUUUUAAAUUUCUGCGGUUGAAUCAGAACAAUCCGAGCUCCCGUGGGUCAGAUUUCGCCUAUUUGUGGUGAAAUUUAAGUUUUGGUGUUUGAUUUAGUGAAGUUGUAGUUCUCGUUGUCAUGUAAGAGCUAUUUAAUUUUUCCUGAGUUGAUUCACCCCUUUUUCAUGAUUGCGAAGAAUUUUUGUGCCGAAAUCUUCGUGCAUUGAACCGUUUUGAGCCUGUGCUGCCUUGGCAACCUUGUGUUCUUUUUUUUUCUUUCGAAACUGUACAGGCAAAUGCUCUGCGAAGCUUUGCAAUUUUGUUCGUUCUUGGCCUUAAACACUACCUUUGGGUAUGCGAACAACAAUCCGCAUUAACUGCUUCGAAAAAUAAGCACUGGUUAAACGAAUAAAGAUAGUAAUAUCAUUAUUCUGGUAUUUUCCUUUCUAAGGUUUCUGGCUUUUAUCGGUGUUUGGGACAUUUGGGUAAAAGAUAACACCAACAGCAUAAGUAUCCCAAUUAUAUUUGCUAAUGUAGUAUUCUUGACUCCUCGUAAAUGACUUUUAAAGUUUAAAGCAUUGUAGCAUCUUCCAGUAAUAUUCUUCAAUUUAGAUGCCGUUAUUCUAUCAGUAAUCAGCUUUUUAUUUGCCAGCUCAGAGAGUGCGAUUCUGAGCCUCAAAUUUUAAGAAUAGAUCGAAGGCCUUUAGCAGUCAUUGGACAGUCAGAAGGGAAGGGUUGAGGUGUGAGCAGUAGCACCGAGAUGAGAUGGUGAUGUCUUUAGACAGAGAUUCGGAGCAGGUAAUGAGCCUCAGAGGGGGUUCCGUUCUUGGAAAGAAGACAAUAUUGAAGAGCGAUCAUUUCCCUGGAUGCCAGAACAAGAGGUUGCGGCCUCAAAUCGAAGGUGCUCCCAAUUAUAGACGGGUUGGUUCAUUGCCUGUUCAUGGUGUUGCCAUUCCAACUGUUCAAGGUAUUCGCAAUGUGCUUGACCUCAUUGGAGCUCUCAAGAAUGGGAAAGAGAAACGUGUGCUCUGGCACAAUCUUCGAGAGGAGCCAGUUGUUUACAUUAAUGGAAGGCCUUUUGUUUUGCGUGAAGUUGAGCGUCCAUUUUCUAACCUUGAAUACACGGGAAUUGAUAGAGCUAGAGUUGAAGAAAUGGAAGCUCGUUUGAAGGAGGACAUAUUACAGGAAGCUACAUGUUAUGGAAACAAAAUUCUCGUUACGGAUGAGUUGCCAGAUGGUCAAAUGGUGGACCAAUGGGAACCAAUUACUGGAGGUUCCGUGCAGACUCCUUUAGAGGUAUAUUUGGAACUACAACACGAUUACUUUGUUGAUUAUGAAAGAGUUCCUAUCACAGAUGAGAAAUCACCCAAAGAGCGAGACUUUGACUUGCUGGUGCAUAGAGUUUUACAAGCAGAUAUCAAUACAGAAAUUAUGUUCAAUUGUCAAAUGGGCCGAGGGAGGACAACUACUGGGAUGGUUAUUGGCACAUUGGUUUACCUCCACCGUAGUGGAGCGUCAGGAAUUCCGAGGACAAAUUCUAUGGGAAGAGUUCUGGAAUCUGAAUCAGAUAUAAUAGAUGACAUAUCAGAUUCUGAGGAGGCACUGCGGAGAGGUGAAUAUACUGUUAUACGGAGCUUGAUUCGAGUAUUAGAGGGCGGUGUUGAAGGGAAAAGACAAGUUGAUAAAGUUAUUGAUAAAUGUUCUGCCAUGCAGAAUUUGCGGGAAGCUAUUUCAGCUUAUCGGAAUAGCAUUCAACGGCAACCAGAUGAAAAGAAGAGGGAGUCUGGGCUUUCAUUUUUUGUUGAAUAUUUGGAGCGCUACUAUUACCUUAUUUGCUUUGCCGUGUACAUCCAUACAGAUCGGGCUGCUCUUUGUUCUAAUCCAUCUAGACAAAGCAGCUUUGCUGAUUGGAUGAAGGCAAGACCUGAAUUAUACAGUAUCAUACGAAGAUUGCUAAGGCGGGAUCCAAUGGGUGCCCUAAGCUAUGGCACUUUAAAGCCGUCACUAAUGAAGAAAAUUGCUGCUUCCACUGAUGUUCGGCCAUCUGACAUGGAUACUGUAGCUGCCAAAAGAAAUGGAGAGGUUCUUGGAAGGCAAACUGUUCUCAAAAGCGAUCAUUGCCCUGGUUGUCAAAACAUGUCGUUACCUGAGCGUGUUGAGGGUGCACCCAAUUUCAGAGAAGUACCUGGCUUUCCAGUUUAUGGUGUGGCUAAUCCAACUGUAGAUGGCAUUAGAGCUGUUAUUCAUCGAAUCGGUGGCUGGAAUGGUGGAAGGCCUGUUUUAUGGCACAACAUGAGAGAAGAACCUGUUAUUUAUAUCAAUGGAAAGCCUUUUGUACUUCGUGAGGUGGAAAGGCCAUAUAAAAACAUGCUGGAAUAUACGGGCAUUGAUCGAGAGAGGGUAGAGCGAAUGGAAGCUCGAUUGAAAGAGGAUAUUUUGAGGGAGGCAGAACGAUAUGGGGGUGCUAUAAUGGUAAUCCAUGAGGCAGAUGAUGGCCAAAUAUAUGAUGCUUGGGAAACAGUAAAUUCACAAAUAGUGCAGACCCCUUUGGAGGUGUUUAAAGGCUUGGAACUUGAAGGAUUUCCAAUAGAGUAUGCUCGAGUACCCAUCACAGAUGGAAAAGCUCCAAAGAGUUCUGAUUUUGAUGCCUUAGCCAUGAAAAUAGCCUCAGCUCCAAAGAACACUGCAUUUCUCUUCAAUUGUCAAAUGGGUCGUGGGAGAACCACAACAGGAACUGUGAUUGCUUGCCUUGUUAAGAUUAGACUUGAUUAUGGGAAACCGCUUAGACUGCCUUCCGCACAUACAGCUCUUUCAGAAACAGAUAGUGGUUUUACUAGUGGAGAAGAAGCAGGGAAUGAGAGUGGUGAUGCUUCAAAUGGAUCACCAGAAGCAAACAGGAGGCAGCAAGGUUUAUUCUCGAGUUUCGGCAUAGAUGAUAUUUUACUUAUACGGAAGGUUACUACAUUGUUUGAUAGUGGUGUAGAGUGCAGGGAAACAUUAGAUGCCGUUAUUGAUUGCUGUGCAGCACUUCAAAAUAUACGGCAAGCUGUUCUUCAUUAUAGGAGGAAGUUCAAUCAGCAAUACAUGGAACCUAGAGAGAGACGUGUUGCGCUAAACCGUGGUGCUGAAUAUUUGGAGCGAUACUUCAUGUUAAUUGCAUUUGCAGCAUAUAUUGGAAGUGAAGCAUUUGAUGGUUUCUGCGAAUCUGGAUCUCCUAAAAUCUUGUUUAAGACAUGGCUACACAAAAGACCCGAGGUUCAAGAAAUGAAAUGGAGCAUACGGCUACGACCUGCACGCUUCUUUGCCAUUCCUGUGGAUUCAAGGACACUUGCUGAAAGCCAUAAUGGUGAUGCAGUCAUGGAAGCUAUUGUGAAGGCUCGUAGUGGGUCUAUUCUGGGAAAACAUUCCAUACUUAAAAUGUAUUUUUUUCCUGGACAGAAAAAGACUUCAAGCUACAUUGACAUUCCAGGUGCACCUCAUGUAUACAAGGUUGAUGAUUUUCCAGUGUACAGCAUGGCAACACCAACUGUUGAUGGAGCAAAAGCAUUACUAUCUAGUCUUAAUGCUGAACCCAGAUCUGCUGGACAUUGCUCACAAAAAGUACUUAUUACAGAUCUGAGAGAAGAAGUUGUUGUCUAUAUUUGUGGCAAACCAUUUGUGCUUCGAGAGCUUUAUCAGCCAGUAGACACGCUCAAGCAUGUUGGAAUUAAAGGCCAUGUGGUUGAACAUAUGGAGGCUAGACUGAAAGAAGAAAUUUUGUCUGAGGUAGCACGAUCAGGUGGGCGUGUGCUUUUGCAUUGUGAGGAGUUAAAUCCUAUCACAAACCAGUCAGACAUCAUAGGAUACUGGGAGAAUAUAUCAUUUGAAGAUGUUAAAACACCAGCAGAAGUUUAUGCUGCUCUCAAGGGUGAUGGGUACAAUAUUGAUUACAAAAGGGUGCCUUUGACAAGAGAAAGAGAAGCUCUUGCCACAGAUGUAGAUUCUAUUCAACGGCAGCUAGAUGACAGCGAAGGAGGAGCACAAUGCUUGUUUGUCUCACAUACUGGAUUAGGAGGAAUUGCAUAUGCAAUGGCCAUCACUUGUCUUAGACUUAGUGCACAAAGAGCACUGACUUGUGAGGGUUCAGCAUCUGUGGGAUUGACUAAUUCUACAGGGAUGCAGUGUUCUGGAAACGGCCCAGUCAUAAAUCCUUCGAAUGAUGAAGAGACAUUCAAACAGGGAGACUACAGGGAUAUUUUAAGUCUUACCAGAGUUCUAGCAUAUGGCCCCAUUAGCAAGACUGAAGUGGAUGUUGUUAUUGACAGGUGUGCGGGUGCAGGACAUUUACGGAAUGACAUAUUGUACUAUAAAAAGCUAUUAGAAGAAUGUGUUGAUGACGAUGACAGGUCAUACCUUUCGGACAUGGGCAUAAAGGCUCUAAGACGAUAUUUUUUCUUAAUUGCUUUUAGGUCAUAUCUGUACAGCCAUGUGGCACUACAUGGGGCUAAAUUCACAGGAGAGACGGGAUUCGCUGCUUGGAUGCAAGCCAGGCCAGAGCUUGGUCACUUAUGCGACAAUUUAAAGCUUGAUAAGUAAUUUAUUACUCCCUGUAUGCUGAUGCUGAUUUACUUUGGGAUGCUUCUGCCCAGAUCAUAAAUGAUUGCCGCUAUAGGUAUGCAUGUUUAUUAUCUGCUGUGGAUGUUCAACUGUUACAGCGUUCUAUAUUGCGGUAUGGGAGUACUAUCUCCUCUGAAAAUUCUCAUUAGCGUAUUUGAUCAUUUGGGAAUCCAUUUGUAUGUUCAGAACUAGGCUGAUAAAAACUGGAAAAUAUGUGUAUUUAGUAGAAAAUGUAGUGAUUUUCAGUGAAGUGACAAUGUAAAAUUUGUCAAUACAUAAAGGGAACAAUUUUUAUGCAAGUAUCAAUGUAAUUAAUAUCUUUCUAUAUCGAUUUUGUACAGUCAAGUGGGAAAAUGCUAAUCCCAUUGUGACAAUAACUCAUGUCUCAAAAUAAAAUGCUUAGUUCCUCAUGGACUGUUGAGGUUCAAGGUUCCUGUACAGGUUGGUUGUGGAGAGAAAGGGUUUUGCAGUAUAACAAAUCGUUAGUGAUGCAAAGUUGAGGAGAUUAAAAUGGAUUUUACAAUGUUCAUGAUAGACCUAUAUAUUGUGCCAUUCUGUGGGAAAUUUGUUCGGAUCAAUGUUUUGAUUAAUAAUUGUUCCUAAAAUCUUGUAAUUGUGACUACUACAUUUUUUCCCAUAAAACUAGCAACCAUCAUCAUUUAUUGA